GAAGAAGGUCCCUCGCCUCUCUCUCAAGCCUCGGUCCCCGGCGCGCGCCUCCACCGGUUCCCGAGACUUCCAGCGCGCUCCGAGGGGCCACUUUUCCUCUAGUCUCGAAAACUGCCCUCAUGGCGGAGGUGAAGGUCAAGGUGCAGCCGCCGGACGCGGAUCCGGUGGAGAUAGAAAACAGAAUUAUAGAAUUAUGCCACCAGUUCCCUCAUGGAAUCACAGAUCAAGUAAUUCAGAACGAAAUGCCUCACAUUGAAGCCCAGCAGCGGGCAGUGGCCAUCAAUAGACUGUUAUCCAUGGGUCAGUUGGAUCUUUUAAGGAGUAACACAGGCCUCUUAUAUAGAAUAAAGGAUUCUCAGAAUGCUGGUAAAAUGAAGGGGUCCGAUAACCAGGAAAAACUGGUCUAUCAAAUCAUAGAGGAUGCAGGGAAUAAAGGAAUAUGGAGCAGAGAUAUUCGGUACAAAAGUAACUUGCCGUUAACAGAAAUCAACAAAAUUCUCAAGAAUUUGGAAAGUAAAAAGCUAAUUAAAGCCGUGAAGUCUGUAGCAGCUUCCAAAAAGAAGGUUUAUAUGCUCUAUAACCUGCAGCCAGACCGAUCUGUGACUGGCGGUGCCUGGUACAGUGACCAGGAUUUUGAAUCUGAAUUUGUUGAGGUGCUUAAUCAACAGUGUUUCAAAUUCCUACAAAGCAAGGCAGAGACAGCAAGAGAAAGUAAACAGAAUCCAGUGAUACAAAGAAAUAGUUCAUUUGCAUCGUCACAUGAAGUCUGGAAGUACAUCUGUGAGCUGGGCAUCAGCAAGGUAGAGUUGUCCAUGGAGGACAUUGAAACCAUCUUGAACACACUCAUUUAUGAUGGCAAAGUGGAGAUGACUAUCAUUGCUGCGAAGGAAGGCACUGUUGGCAGCGUAGAUGGACACAUGAAACUGUACAGGGCAGUCAACCCAAUCCUCCCACCUACAGGCGUGGUCCGGGCACCCUGUGGACUCUGCCCCGUUUUUGAGGACUGCCAUGAAGGUGGUGAGAUUUCGCCGUCUAAUUGUAUUUACAUGACAGAGUGGCUUGAAUUUUAAUGAGAGCUGUGCACUUUAUCUACAUUUGGCAAACUGAACUCCAUGGAGAACAAACAAUUCAUGAUGGAGUGUAAAUUUCUUUGAAAGCAUACUUCACAAUAAUGGAUACUGACUUGCUGCUAUGAAAACAUUUAUUUAUGAAGACAGAACACAAAGCAGAUUGAGUUUAAUAAAGUUUAAUUGGGAAGUCUCUUCUUCAGUAAGUAAAAUACCUUGAAGGUCUGGAAGGCAAGGAAAAGAAGCCAGCAAGCCUAUGUUGACCAAGUACUGAGAUAAAGGCUGGAACGAGAAGAUGUUCACUAGAGUUGCUUCAUUGAAAACUCAUCGGGGUUAUUACCACCAUUUGUUUGGUUGUUUUUGGGUUUUGUUGAGAAGAAAUUACAAGUGGUGCAGACAGGAACAGCUGAUGGCAUGUGUGCCAUCUUGGGGCCUGGGUAGUCAAGUGGGCAUUCCUUUUUCAUGCCAUCUGUUGCUCUUCACCCCAGGACUCUUUCAGGGGAGUGUGCCUCCAUACCGACCUCACUCCCAAAUGCUGUUGUACAGGACGUGUUUCCACAUCACUGUUAUUCCAUGCUAAAAGAAAUAGUCUCACUGUUCCUUUUUUGUUAAGGCUAUCACUUUUCUCUGUAUGCCUUAAUUGUAUUAUUUCCUGGGUUUUUUUCCAGAUUCUCAUUCCAUGCCUGUAGUGUGACUCUCUCUACCACUAGUGCCAAAUUCAAAUUUUACAGUCUAAAUUCCAGGACAGCCAGAGCUAUAUAGGGAGAGACCCAGUCUCACACAUACAAAUAAAAAUAGAACAUUGCCCUUCAUUCAGUCUCUGAGGGUUGGUAACCAGUAUUUAGCUGGUGCCCUUUUCUCUUAUUCUUCAAAACACUGGUAUGACAUGUCUGAGCAGAAAGCCAUCACUGUGUACUUUCUCAGUCCUGGCUGUUCGGCCCUGGAAAACAUUAAUUGGCGUGCUGUUGUACAGAAGGUAGCCUCUGAAGGAUCUCAGCUCGUGGAUUGUCUCUUUCUAAAGAUUUAUUUAUCUGUAAGUACACUGUAGUUGUCUUCAGACACUCCAGAAGAGGGCGUCUGAUUUCAUUACAGAUGGUUGCAAGCCACCAUGUGGUUGCUGGGAUUUGAACUUGGGACCUUCAGAAGAGCAGUCAGUGCUCUUAAUCCCUGAGCCACCUCACCAGCACUCCCCUCCCCUUUUUGUUUUGAGACAGGGUUUCUCUAUGUAGCUCUGACUGUCCUAGAACUCUGUAGACCAAACUCAGGGAUCUGCCUGCCUCUACUGCCCAAGGACUAUGAUUAAAGAUGCGAUACCCGCACCUGGCUCUUUUUUCCAUUUUUAUCUCUCUUACAUAUUUAAUUUUCUAGUAAGGUAAGACUAGUGCUUAUUUGAUAGGUCAGGCAGAUCGGACAUUGUUACCAUGCCGCACCUCACAAGAGGUGGAGGGAAAAAAAACCCUGUGUUUUAUAUAUAAUCUAACACUUAAAAUAGCUGGUGUCAUUGAAUGCUUACUCUUAUAGAGCUGGCCAUAGACUUCAUCUGAUAAAAGUGAACUAGUGAGUUUGAUUUUACUCAGGUAACUAAUGAUGCUAUUCACUUAGAGCACUGUCAGAAGGUGGUAGAACUCAGCUCCACAGAGGAUCCCAGUGCAAACCCUUUAAGUUGGUCCAUGCUUUUGGCUUAUAUAAAAAACUUAGUACGAUCAAACAACCUUAGACACGAAGUAAGCUGAGUAUAGUGGAAAGCCUUUAAUCCCAGUACCCAGGAGGCAGAGGCAGGCAGAUCUAGGACAGCCAGAGCUACAUAAAGAAACCCUAUCUUGAGGAACCAAAUAACAAUAAAAGAGAGAAGUUAUCUUCUAGCCAGCCUGGUCUACAGAGUGAGUUCCAGGACAGCCAGGGCUACACAGAAAAACCCUGUCUCGAAAAAAAAGAAAAAAGUUGUUUUGGAAAUCUGCUCCGCAUUCUGUUUUGUUGUUAGAGAUAAGAGCAUCACUCCACACUGGCCUGGAAUAAACUUGAUGGCCCAGGCUGGCAUUGAACUCAGUUAUUCUGCUUUAGCUUUCCAAGUGCUGGGAUUCCAGGCACGCAUUUAGCAGCCGGGCCUGGCUUUGCAUUGUCUUGAUAAUUAGAUGAGUUUUUAAAUCAGCACUCAGUGGUUAGAAAUGUUCCUUGCCUCACCAGAAUAAAGAGAGCUUAGAUAUUUUUCCUCAGCAUUAUUUUUUACUCUGAGUAUUUUUGCCUUGUAAUGUAUUUUUUUACUGUAUUAACUGAGAAGGAUAGAGAAGUCUGAAAAUGUAGCAACUGUUCUGUAAAUAAAGUGGGAAUAAGCUAUCAAAAGAAAUUGUGGGCCUCUAAAAUCAUAAUGUCACAAAAUCAAAUUGCAGAUGAAGCCCAGAUUCUUCAUACUCUCCCACUUAGUACUAGGCCUUUUGUUCACCUGAGCACACAUACUACUAAUCUGUUGAGGACCCCGUUUAAAAGUGAUCCAUAAAGAAGGGAGACAUGAGGUGAUUUAGUGGUUCUUAAUGUGGAUUCUCACAUUAAACUUUGAAUUUGGCAAUAAAUAAGUUUUAAAUAAGGGUUUUGGUGGUAAUUAAGCAAAGUAGUCAUAUCAAUUCUGUGAUGGACAGUGAUCGAAUACUCCUCGUACGAUGAGGCCUCUGGCCCAACCAUCAACCCAACAGUUAAGGGGGGAAAAGUAGUUUCAGAUUUACUAUCUGGUAGGUGAGAGAUGAAUACAAAAUAUGCGCCCUCUAGCAGUAUGAUCCAGUAAGACAGCAUCUUGAACAGAAUCCUGCCUCUAUGUUGCUCCUGCAGGGUUUAUAGGUAUGUGCCACAUCUGGACAAAUAGCAUUUUCUAUCAUGAUGGAAAUAGUCUUUAUUUGGUGUUUAGUCCAGUAACCUUCAGCCAGAUGGCUGGCCAGCACUUGACACAAAUGAUUAAGAGCUAAGUUUUUAUUUAGUUGCCUGUGCAUACUGUUUAUAUUAGACGGCACAGCUCAACAGAGAGCUCUCUUGCAUACUCUCCCCCUGGGAAUUAUUGAAACUCACACUGAAAUGUGUUAGUUUAUAAUUAAGAUUUUUAACGUU